UCGUCAAUUUGACAAAGACAAGCUGUCAGGCAACGUUGUGGAAAGUUAUACCUAUAUAAAUCACUAAAGUUUUAAGAAUAAUAAUUGUUAUUUCUUAAUAAAUUAUACGAAUUAUGUCGGAAGUCAGUACAAAAAAUAUUGAUAAUGCCUGUGAGACUGCGGAAGAGUUCACGAAAGUGUUUUAUAAACAAAUGGAUAGCAGUCGUCAUUUAACUUCCAAACUUUAUCUGGACACCGGUCUGCUAGUAUGGAAUGGAAACGGGAUUAGCGGCAACGAUAAGAUUCAGAAAUUUCUCCUGGAUUUACCGACAAGUAACCACGUGCUCAAGACAUUGGACGCUCAACCCAUAGCGGAAACCGUGGUUUCAAACAAACUAACCUAUAUUAUUCAAGCUUGUGGCGAAGUAUCGUAUCAAAAUGACAAAAGCAAAAAGCCUUUUCAACAAACUUUCAUUAUCGUGGCAGUCGACGGAAAGUGGAAAAUUGUAUCAGACUGCUUUAGAUUUCAAGACCCAUCCUAAUCUUGAAUAUUUGCUAAUCAAGAGGCUGACUGUAUUUAAAAUAAUAUAAAUGGAUUUAUGACAAAUCACGAGGAAUCAUGUUUUGAUAAUAAAUUGUACAUCAUGAAAUGUAUUGCAUAUUAAGAAAAUCAAAAUAUGUUUCAUUACCUACUGGA